CUUCAAUCUUGCGGUUAGCUUUUAUCUACGCUACACUGCGCUCACGACUCUGCUUCAUUGAUUGUGUUGCUGUGAUUUGUACUGGCCAAUUGCGCUCUUUCUUUGCCUGCCAGUGGUCACAGUUCCUACUUGAAUCCGCUCAUCCUCGCCGAUGAGCUUCCGUCGCGCUCUCAGACCCUUCCGCCGCACCAUGUCUGGUGAAAAGAUCUACGAAGGCGUUUUCGCCGUCCACAAACCCGAAGGCGUCAGCUCCGCCGACGUCGUCCGCCACCUACAACACCACUUCAACCCCUCGGAGCUCUUCCGCCCAUGGCUCGCCGACGAGCGCGCCCGUCGCGACCGCGAAAGCAACUUCCAGCGCAAGCGCCGUCGCACGCAACGUCUGGAGGUGAAGAUCGGCCACGGAGGCACCCUUGACCCCAUGGCAACUGGUGUCCUGGUGGCCGGUGUCGGAAAAGGCACCAAGCACUUGAACGAGUUCCUGGCUUGCACGAAGGAGUACGAGACGGUAGUACUAUUCGGCGCCGAGACUGAUACUUAUGAUCGGAUGGGAAAGCUCGUGAGAAAGGGGCCGUAUGAGCAUAUCACGCGGGAGAUGGUGGAGAAGGCUUUGGAGCAAUUCCGGGGAAAGAUCAUGCAGAGACCGCCGAUUUUCUCGGCGCUGAAGGUGCAGGGAAAGAAGCUUUAUGAGUAUGCCAGGGAGGGCAAGGAGCCGCCGAUCGAGAUCAAGUCCAGGCCUGUGGAGGUUCAUGAUUUGAAGGUCGUGGAGUGGUAUGAGCCUGGGACGCAUGAGUGGAAGUGGCCCACGACAGAGGUCGAGGGCGAGGAGAAGGUUGUGGCUGAGAAGUUGUUGGAGAAGGAGGACAAGUUGCCGGUUGUCGAGAGGGAGGGAGAGACCACUGAGGCUGAAGAAGGGGCAGCGAAGCGCCCGGCGGAGGAUGAUGCGAAGGAGGUCGCUGAUGAGGCCGAGGCCCCCGCGAAGAAGCAAAAGGUGGCUGACGGUGAAGCUGCACCUGUCGCACAAGCUGAGGCAUCGGAUGCCCCGACUGCGGAGACGGAGACUGCAGAGUCACAGGCUCAGCCUCAGCCGGCUGCGGUGAAGAUCACCAUGACGGUGUCGUCUGGGUUCUAUGUUCGCUCGUUGGCGCACGAUUUGGGCAAGGCGGUUGGCAGCUGUGGUCUCAUGAGCUCGCUGGUCCGGUCCCGCCAGGCCCAGUUCGAGCUGGAUCCUGAAAAGGUGCUCGAAUACAAGGAUCUCGAGGCCGGCGAAGAGGUCUGGGGUCCCAAGGUCAAGCAGUUCCUCGAAGACUGGGAGGAGAAGAGACUUGCCCGGUCGCCUCCUUCUUGAUAGUGUAAUAAUUUAUUGAGACCGGCGUUGGGAUAUGGAAUAAAUAAACACCUGUGAUCAUCUCAAGUAACGAGUACUGCCAUCG